AUGGCGAACUAUAGCCAUGCAGGGGACCACACCAUCUUGCAGAAUGUCUCUCCUCUCGCCACCUUCCUCAAACUGACCUCGCUGGGCUUCAUCAUCGGCGUCGGCGUGGUCGGGAACCUCCUGAUCUCCAUCCUGCUGGUCAAAGACAAGAGCCUGCACCGGGCGCCCUACUACUUCCUGCUGGACCUGUGCGCCUCCGACAUCCUGCGCUCGGCCAUCUGCUUCCCCUUCGUCUUCACCUCGGUGAAGAAUGGCUCGGCGUGGAGCUACGGCACGCUGACCUGCAAGGUGAUCGCCUUCCUGGGCGUGCUCUCCUGUUUCCACACGGCGUUCAUGCUCUUCUGCGUCAGCGUCACCCGCUACCUGGCCAUCGCCCACCACCGCUUCUACACCAAGAGGCUGACCUUCUGGACCUGCCUGGCCGUCAUCUGCAUGGUGUGGACGCUGUCGGUGGCCAUGGCCUUCCCGCCGGUGCUGGACGUGGGCACCUACUCCUUCAUCCAGGAGGAGGACCAGUGCACCUUCCAGCACCGCUCCUUCCGCGCCAACGACUCGCUGGGCUUCAUGCUGCUGCUGGCGCUCAUCCUGCUGGCCACGCAGCUGGUUUACCUCAAGCUCAUCUUCUUUGUGCACGACCGCCGAAAAAUGAAGCCCGUCCAGUUCGUGCCCGCCGUCAGCCAGAACUGGACCUUCCACGGGCCGGGGGCCAGCGGGCAGGCGGCCGCCAACUGGCUGGCCGGACAGAGAGAGGAAUGA